AUGCAUGGGAAGAAUAAAGACAAAUCUGUUCUUGUAUUUGAUCCAGACAUAGACAGAACUUUGAGAAGGAUAAGGAAUGACUUGAGAGCGAAGAACUCAGCUAAAAAGAACCAGAAUUCGCAGUUUACACCUUCUUCACCAAACUCAGCAGAAAAACAAGUCAAUUCUCCAACUUCAUCUGUAAAUUCAGAAGCAAAGAUGGCUGAACCACAUAGACAAAGGACUUUAGGAGACUAUGGAGUACCUAAUAUGCACGGAUACAACUCUUCUAUUGUCAGACCAACCAUUCAAGUCAACCAUUUUGAGAUUAAACCUGCCUUACUUCAUUUAGUUCAACAAGAUCAAUUUUAUGGUUUAAUUUCAGAUGAUCCUAACUUACAUAUUUCUAAUUUUCUGCAGUUAUGUGAUACUAUAAGGAUUAAUGGAGUUAGCGAAGAUGCAAUCAGAUUAAGAUUGUUUCCAUUUUCCUUGAGGGACAAGGCUGCAAAGCUAAGAGGAGAGAUCACAUCCUUCAUGCAGCAAGAGGGAGAAACCUUAUAUGAGGCAUGGGAGCGAUACAAGGAACUCUUGAGAAGAUUUCCACAUCAUUGCAUACCAGAAUGGAUGCAACUAGAAUGGAUGCAACUUGAAACCUUUUAUAAUGGGAUGAAUCCAGCAACUAGAACCAUGAUAGAUGCAGCUGCAGGAGGUUCUUUGAACACCAAAUCACUAGAAGAAGCUCAAGGAAUUAUAGAUAUGAUGGCCUCCUCCAUGCAUCAAAGCUGUAGUUUGAGACAAUCAACAAGGAGUAAUGGCUAUGAGGCAAAACUUCUUGAAACUUUUUUGAUUCAAAAUCAACUGCAAAAUCAACUGUUUUCUGAGCAAAUAGCUGCACUCACCCAACAAAUCAGCAACUUACAAGCUGCACCAACCCAGAAUAAUCCACUUGUGUGUGAUUUUUGUGGAGGGAAUCAUGUAAACGGAGCUUGUGAUGGAAAUAAUUCUGAAUCUCAAGAACAAUUCAAUUAUAUGGGGUAUUUUCAGAGACAACAAUCUUCAUUUCCUCCUAGACCAGCAGCUCAACAACCUUAUUUCCAAGGGAAUCCAACCAACCAACUUCAAGAAAAUCAGAGGUUUUCUAAACCACUGAAUGAAAGCCUGAACGAAAUGGAAGAAACCAUGCUACAAUUCAUGAAAGUAACACAAACAAGCUUCAAGAAUAAGGAAUCUUCCAUGAAGAAAUUGGAAACUCAGAUUGGACAGUUAGCUGAGCAACUGUCCAGCAGAGAAGAUGGGAGAUUUCCUAGCAACACAGUUAUAAAUCCAAAAGAACAAUGCCAAGCUGUGAUGACUAGAAGUGAAGCUGUUGUGGGUAGUCCAAAACCAGCUGAGAAGAGAGAGAAAACCAAGGAAGAGGAGAAGAUUAAAUCUGAACUAGAGGAAGGGAACUUCACCCUAUUAAAAAGAGAAAAUUCAGAAAUGGAUACCUUCCCUAAAACUGUGAGAAGAACAAAGAGGCAAAUUUUAGAAAACUCAAACAAGCCUCUAGAUGAAGAAUAA